AUGGCUUUCGGAGACGUUAAAUCCGCACAAGGUUUAAGUGAACUAAACAAAUAUUUGGCUGAAAGGAGUUACAUAUCUGGAUAUGUUCCAUCUCAAGCUGAUGUUCAAGUAUUCAGUGAAGCAGGCAAAGCACCGGCCGCCAGCCUGCCACACGCUCUCCGUUGGUACAACCACAUUGCCUCAUACACUCCAGCGGAGCGGAAGGCGUGGGCUGAAGGAGUAAGCCCAUUAAAGGCUGGUGGUAAGCCCACAACUGCCCCAGCUGCUAAAGAUGAUGAUGAUGAUGAUGUUGACUUAUUUGGGUCUGGAGACGAAGAAGAGGAUGCUGAGGCUGCCAGAAUCCGAGAAGAGCGUUUGAAGGCCUAUGCCGACAAAAAAUCAAAGAAACCUGUUCUUAUUGCCAAAUCCUCUGUCAUUCUGGAUGUUAAGCCUUGGGAUGAUGAAACAGACAUGAAGGAAAUGGAAAAACUUGUACGAUCAAUUGAAAUGGAUGGUCUUCUCUGGGGUGCUUCUAAACUAGUCCCAGUUGGUUAUGGUAUCAACAAGCUACAGAUUAUGAGUGUUAUUGAGGAUGACAAAGUAUCAGUUGAUUUGUUAACUGAAAAGAUUCAAGACUUUGAAGACUUUGUCCAAUCUGUUGAUAUUGCUGCCUUCAACAAAAUCUAA